CCUUUAAAAUGCAGAGCGUUUCCAAAGUGCACUAGGCGCGCGUGCACUUCUCUCACCCUGCAGAUAAGCGAUAUGGCAAAUGCAUCAUGUUUCCUCCUCCUCCUCCUCUUCUUCGUCUUCUCGCGCGCGCGCUCGCAACACGAGUUAAUGCGCGUUUCUUAAUGCGGUGUUAAACUUGUUUGCCUGUCGGAAUUGUUGGGGAGGAUCACGAAAAUUAGACGGAUCCGAUGCUUAGUCUGAUAUGACACUUUUUUUUUUUCCUAAGCUGUCAGAAGACACCGUAUGUGGAGCUCGCGCGUGCUCUGCAGAUAACCGCUCGGAUUCGCCACUUACUCCGCGUGCACUGGACUUACUAAACUAGGGGUCGCAUCGAAUUUGGGAACGUUUCUGUAAUCCCCGUGCAUUUAGGAAACAAAGUUAGUUUGCAGUGAGGUGAGAAAGAAAAAAAAAGGGACUGCAAGAUCUGUAUGGAUGCUGUAAAUGCGACCACCUGUACCGGCUAUGUUAUUGACUUAACGUGCAUCAGUGAAGCCUUUCUUCGGACUUGACACGCGAGGUACGUUCACGUUACCUUGCAGUUGCAAACCUGGGAAAGCGCAGCGGGCAUGCGGCACGCGCGGAUGCAUGGCCAGGCACGGUGCUCUCCGCGCGCUGCUCCUGCUGCUGCUGCUCGUGGCCGCGGGGGCGUGCGCAGGGGCCGCGGAGCGCCUCGCGUGGCUGCUGGCGGACAAGGGGCCGUUCUGCCGCGCGCACGAGUUCACCGACUUCUCCGAGCGACACCAGCACGGUUUCGCCACGCGCUACAAGAUUUACAGGGAGUUUGGCCGAUGGAAGGUGAACAACUUGGCUGUGGAGAGGCAGGAAGCAGUACCCUUUGACCCCGAAUUUGUGCGCAACAUCAGGCAGCUGGGGCGGCGGCCGAGCCUGCAGACCAUCGCGGACAAUAUCAUCAAGAAGUAUGGCACACACUUCCUGGUCUCAGCCACUCUUGGAGGCGAGGAAUCCUUGACCAUUUUCGUGGAUAAGAGGAAGCUAAGCGAAGCUCCUUCGAGCAGAGGCGCCGCUAACGGCACUCUGACACUCGAGGCCCUCCAUCACCUCGCUGCCUCCUACUUCAUUGACAGAGACAGCACACUGAGGAAACUGCACCACCUCCAGAUCGCCUCAGCGGCCAUCAAGGUAACCGAGACGAGGACCGGCCCACUCGGGUGUAGCAAUUAUGACAACCUCGACUCCGUCAGCUCCGUUUUGGUCCACAGCCCUGAGAACAGAAUUCAGCUCCAAGGCCUCCAGGUUCUUUUGCCAGAGUACCUCAGGAGUCGGUUCGUCCAAGCGGCUCUGAGUUACAUCGGAUGUAACAGUGAAGGCCAGUUCACGUGCCGGGACAACGACUGCUGGUGCCAGUGUAGUGACGGGCAUCCGCAGUGCAACUGCCCCUACGCCAGCCUCCGAGCACAACACAGCAACCUGGAGCACAUCAACGAAGCCUGGGAUCAGGCCAACCAGGAGUUUGAGCAAUCAGAUGAGUUCCAGGCUUUCAUGGUCCAAUUGUCGACACACGCAGCCCUGAAUUCAUCAUCGGUGUGGCGCUUGUGGAGGAGCGAUGUGGCUCUGCUGAAGCGCUACAGGAAGUUGGAGAGCGAAACCGUUUCCCUCCUCAAUAAAGCGCAGGAAAACGCCGCUAAACUCUUCCGCCUCAGCCGGAGGUGUCGCUCGCAACCCAAAAUAAUCCUGCCAAGAGAAAGGCGUCUCGGUUACUGGCUACAACGAGCCCUUUCCCUUCUGUACUGCACUGAAGCCGAUAGUCCGGGAAUCUACUCGGAGGUGACGCGGAGCUGCGUUUGCCCAGGUGGUCACCUGACCUGCCAGGGACUGAUCCCUUGCUCCGUGGGCACUGGAAGCCGUUGUGCAUCAUGCUCUCUGGAAAAUAGAACACGUUGCUCAAGCUGCAACAGCGGCUUUGCGCUGAGCCACGGAUUGUGCCGCCCUGCGGCUCCAAGCCCCACAAAGCAGUACCUCAGCACCGAGACAGAAAUGCACGACUCGGAGCUGCGCAAUCUACUGGAGCAGCGCGACAGUCACUUAGCCUUAUCCGCCAUCUUUGUCAGCAGUGAUGUCAAACUCAACACCUGGUUUGAACCUUCAUGGAGAAAAAGGAUGCUCCUGACUCUAAAGAGCAAUAAAUCCAAGUCAAGUCGAGUACACAUGCUGCUAGGAAUUACGGCGCAGAUUUGUAUGACCAAGAACUCCACCCUAGAGCCAACGCUCUCCGUUUCGGUCAACCCGUUCGGCGGGAGUCAUUCGGAGAGCUGGACAAUGCCAAUGAACCAGAACGGAUACCCCGAUUGGGAGAAAGCGAGGUUAGACACAGCGACGGACUGCUACAACUGGACUUUGACGUUGGGAAACCGCUGGAAGAGCUUCUUCGAAACAGUCCAUUUCUACCUGAGGAACAGAAUCCAGAGCGACGGAGCUCAAGGGAACGAGACGGCGGAACCGGAGGCGGCGAACAGAAACGCCUCGCACCAUGUCGGCUACAUGAAAAUGAACAACGUUCAGCUGUUCGGAUACAGCGUGCACUUUGACCCGGAAGCCAUUCGAGAUUUGAUCUUGCAGCUGGACUAUCCAUACACGCAGGGAUCUCAGGACUCUGCGCUGCAGGAGUUGAUUGAGAUCCGAUACCGGGUCAAUCGUCUAUCUCCUGCUGGAGCGACACCUCUGGACCUUUUCUCGUGUCUCCUUCGACACCGACUCAAACUCUCCACUUCGGAGGUGUCGCGAAUUCUCAUAGCGCUGCAGGCCUUCGGCGCCAAACACCGGUACUACACAGAGUACGAAGCGGUCAAACUUUGUAGCUAACAAGUAACAUUCGAAUCUAUUUGUUAUGAUGGAAUGUUGACACGUCUGAUGUUUCGUUUGGUUUUUUAAUUAUUAUUAUUAUAAUAACAGAACUGCUGUUUUUUGGUGUUUGAUAUAGACAUGUUUUACUCUUCAUAGACAUAUUUGUAUUCGAUGUCUGACAUAGAUCAAAACGAAACCCGAAACACAAAUGUCUGUUUUUUUUUCCAAAAAAAAAAAAAACCCAACCCAAUCCCAUCAAUGAUUGAAGUAAAUAAAAUGGGUAAAAUCCUAUUUUACAAGUGCCUUAAAUGGUGUAUAGCGACUUUAGCCAGCUCCACACCGCUGUGCUCAUUGGUAUGCAUGGCUACUUUUCCUUUUCCACUGUUCUCUAUAAUCAAGAAUUUAGUCACAUAGGCAGUUCGAAAUAAUUUGCUUAAUUUUUUCAUUUCCACUGCACAGCAGGCCACAGCUGGAGAAAUGUACACACUAAGAUUAAGAUUACUCCUUGAACAAUCUCGUAGUGCUCUUAAUAUACUUUGGAGAUCAUUUUAACAAGCGACGACUCUGCAUUCGGGUAAAUAAAUGUUCUGUCGAUGAUUGUUGAGUGUUGACUUUGAAUCUGUCGUGCAUAUCGGACGUGACGAUUUUGCACGAUUUUUCCGUCAAGCUUCGUGGCAACAUGUGGUCCUUUUCUCUUUUUUUCUUUAAUCGUUCUCCUUGUAUGCGAAACGUCUCUCGGGCGAUUUGAGGUGUAGUGUUAAGCGCACAUGGUGAGGACUUGAUACAGAAAUUGCACACAUUUGUAUUCAGGGAUGGAGAAAUUAAGUCCAUUUUGUGUCGAGUGAAGGAUCAUUGUGUGGCACUUUGAUGUAUAAAAUCUAUCAAAAAACAAAACAGGAAAGAAGGAAGGAAGGAGUCUCUGGUGUUAGCUCUUGUGUCAGCACUUUGUAACAGUGAGGUUUUCCCCCACAGGAAAGUCUUCAGGACAAAGGUUACAUGUUUUGUUUAUUUGUUUGUUUGUUUGUUUGUUUCAAGCAUUUUGUUUUCUUUCCAUUGCAAGAGAACCUGAUAAAGGAGCAAAGUAUAGCUGCUAGACUGUAAACAAGUGCUAACCUGCUUAGCAGACGUUCCAUUACCUUAAAUGUAACUGUAAAAAGUUUCAAGUUGUGACGUUUAGUUUGUUAAUAAAAGAACAUUUGUAAUCGUGGGCGAAUUGCUGUUUUCUAAGCCAAUUCCUACAGCAGUCAUGCUUCAGAAUUCUGUAUUUUCAUUCACACACACACACACACACACACACACAAAGAUGUAAAUCUAAGGACAAGGACAGUUCAAAAGGUAGAUUUUCAGCAGUACAUGUUGUGUAGAAUUUAAUUAAAAUACCCUUACAGCUGAAUGUUUUUAAUAAAAACCCCAACAGAUUUAAAGAUGAUUUGUUUGUGAUAUUGACAGCUUGAUGAAAAAGUAGCAAAAUCCGUCAGGGUUGGAAAUGCAUUCAGAAAAUUCCGGAAGGCCGUUCUAUUUCACACGGAGGACAACAAAGGAGACGCCCAGCGUCCUAAUCGGAGCUGUGGCUUAUCACGAGGAUGAGGUUAUGAAUUGAAUAAACCGCUCAUAAACCGAGAUAAGCCCAGGUUUGUGACAGUAACCGGGUUUAGUCCUUGUGCAGAAUGAGAACGAUCUUGUCGAACGAAUACGAACCAAAUACUGAUCUAUUUUCUUCCUACUCUAUCUAAACACAUACACACACACACUGUUCCCACUCAGUAUUCACUCUGUACCAGUACCGCUGGCGCUGUUGUGUUUACAGCCGCUGCUUUCUGUCACUUUUUAGGAACACUUAAUCAAUCAGCAAGCCCUGUGUUUAA